UGCGAUUCUUAGACCGGCCAGUCAAUAUGGGCUCGAGUCGCUCAGAUGGGUCUGGGAAAGAUCGCCUGCGGUGGACACAGGAGCUACAUGAUAGGUUCGUGCGGGCGGUUGAUCAGCUUGGCGGCCCUGAUAGGGCAACACCCAAGGGUAUCCUCAAGGCUAUGGGCGUUCAUGGCCUAAGCAUUUAUCAUGUCAAAAGCCAUUUACAGGUUUCUCAAUGUUCACUUUUAUUUAGAGGCAAGUUUGAGAAGAGAAGUAUUCCAGAAAUACUGCCAAAUUUCAGCACGACAUCUGCUGCUCAACUUACUGAAGCGCUACAAAUGCAGCUGGAAGCACAAAGGCGAAUGAGUGAUCAACUCGAGGUUCAAAAGAGCUUGAAGCUUAAAGUGGAAGCCCAAAGAAGAUUUCUCGACAGAAUCGUGGAGGAACUUCGAAACCGCACGACCAUUAGAAAACCUGGGAAGCCGCCUUCUCCUUCGGCGAUAUCACUCCCUUCCCUCUGCGACGAGUCGUCCGACUCAAAUGCAAAAGAAUUCGAAUCCGAUUCAGAGGCCGACAAGACCGAAAUACAGUCCCAGGAAGGAUUCAUUAGAGCUCCGAAAAGGCUUAGGCAUGUAAUUGAAGAAGAGGAUGUUCUGUCGCCAACACAAAACAAUAUUGCUACAGUAGAUUUAGAGUCCUACUUCCAAGGCAUGUUUCUUUCAAAGGAACAGCAGAAAAUUUCAUAUCCCGCUGAUAAUGAUAUCAACUUUUCGUGGAAUCUGACAGCUGCAGCCAGCCCAUCUCCUAUAGAGUAUUGGAGUGGAUAGCUAAUAUUUAGUAUUUAGAAGGGAGCAUGGAAGAAACUCAAACAUCUUCAAUAAUAAUUGUCUUUCCUAAUAAAGUUGUAGCACCCACGUACGUACAGAAUGGCAGCAGCAUUUGUAAUCAAAACCGUACGGGAUAUGGUGUGUUGUCUUUCCUUUUUGGGAUUUGA